AGUAUUGAGAAAGAAUUAAUUGAAGUCACACGUGAAUUUUGGAUAUAUUUAAAAAUGGAGAGACGAAAAAAAUUCAGAAAAAGGCAAACUAUUUUGUUGUUUCUGUUCAUUCUGAUUCUCGCCUUGACCAUCUCGUUCUUCAUCUUAUCCCAUUUUGUAUUUAAUUGCGAACUUAAAAUUGUAUUUGCUGAGAAUUUUAAUGAAAUUGAUCCAGAAUUUCUGACAAAUGGAACAAUUUACUUUAUGGAAACUCACAAUUGCAUUGAUCAUCAAAUAACAGCACGAGAAGCAUGUGCUAUAGAAUCAGCAGCCUUUAUGAAUCCAGACGAGAAGAUUGUAGUUCUAUUCCUUACACCAGAUGAUCACAUUCGACUGAAAAGCUGGGAUGACUUCAAACCAAUCCUCAGCUACAAAAAUGUUCACUUAAAAUACAUCACAAUGAGGGAAUUCACAAAAGACACAAAAAUUGAAAAGUGGUUGGAAACAGAAGCACUAAAGUCAUCAAAAUAUAUUGUCAGUCACACUUCAGAUAUUCUCAGAUAUGUUUUAUUAUACAAAUACUCAGGAGUCUACCUCGAUCUUGAUGUCAUUACUGUUGAUAGUUUAAAGAAUCUAGAUCUACCCAACUAUGCUUGCUAUCAUGUAGAUGGUGGGGUGAUAAAUAGUGGAAUUAUGAAGUUGAGUGGAAAGGAAGGCAAGAAGUUUGCGGAUAUGAUGAUAAAUGAAAUCGUCGACAACUACGACGGUUCCGAGUACAACAACCUUGGGCCAGCUGUGAUAACAAAAACUGUGAAAAAGUAUUGCGAUGUUCAAAAUUUAACAGACUUUUAUGGCUGCAAGGACUUUAAAGUGCUUCAUCAAAGUUCAUGUUACGCUGUUGGUUGGCAUGAAUGGUUCAAACUUUUUAAAGAACAAUAUGCUGAUGAAGCCAUGCAAAAAAUCAAAAAAUCUUUUUUUGUUCAUUUAUGGAACUCGACAAAUAAAGGACGGACGAUAUCCAAAUUUAAUGAUGCAGCUUUAAAUAGAAUAGCUGCGAAGUUUUGUCCAAAAGUUUUUGAAUCUGAAGUCAUAAAACUUUAAUGAUUCACAAAUUUAAUUACUGUGAUAUUUUUGGAGUAUUGAGCAGAUAUACCGUUAAUGAGUUCCUUGGUAUGGAGAAGAUUUGGUACCGAAAAAUCGUUCCGUACCUGCCAAUACCUAAUCAUUUUAUUAACUUUCAAAAUCUUAACACAUAAUAUGACAAAUCUAUACCAAAGUUUAAAGGAGGAACCGCCAAUACCUCCACAAAUAAAUGAAAUAUUCAAUUUACUCAAACAA